CUUAAGUUCUUCUAAAGCCACCGCCUUCAACUCGUAGCCCUCCGGUCUCCGGCAGAAAUCCAAGUAAUUAAGCUUCAUUCUGUAAAACUUCUCCGAUAUCCUCUUCUGUAAUUUCCACUCAUCCAGCGAAGCGACGACGUACGGCAUGGCAAAAGUAGAGCCUAGACAACGAGGUAGUGAUAGGAUUAGCAGCUUACCAGACCCUCUGCUUCAUCACAUCCUCUCUUUUCUUCCCAUAAAAGAAGCCAUAUCCAAGAGCUUGAUCUUGUCCAAGAGGUGGAGAGAGCUAGGGCUAUCAAUGCCCGCUCUUGACAUUCACGACACUGGAUUUUCUAGACCUGAUGGCUUCAUUCAAUUUGUAGAUGCAGUCUUGUUUUUGUCAGAUCCCAAACCGAUAAACAUGUUUCGUCUCAAGUGUGAGAAACUCAAGGUGCCUCUUAUCAGGAUUAAUAUGUGGAUUAACUCACUGAUAAAUCGUAAGGUCGAGCAUCUGGAGCUAUGUUUUUCAUAUUUAAAUUCCCCUAGUCACGUUGAUGUGCCUGCUUGCAUUUUCCAUAGCAGUACCAUUAAGGUUUUAAAGUUGGCUCAUGUUAUGCUGAAUGUUCGAUAUGUUAAUUUGCCUUCACUCAAAGUAUUGCAUCUGGUGAAAGUUCAAUUUUCAAAUCCUGAAUCUGCCAUUAAUAUUCUUAAUGGGUGUGCUCUUCUUGAAGACUUGGUGUUAAAAUCUUGGUCUACUAAUAGAUCCGUCCUCAGAAUUGGAAGGCUUGAACAUUUGGUGUCAGCAAAAGUUCAUAAUCCAUCUUGGAUUCAGUUGAAAGCUUUUAGUAAUGUUAGGCUUCUUCAGAUUGCUGAUGAGAUGGGGUGUAUACUACCUAUGUCUGAUAUUCCAACAUUUUAUAAUUUAACUCACCUGGAAAUCUUAUGGCUAAUUGAUGAUGGGAAUAACUUUUUGGGAUGUCUUGGAAAUUUCCCAAAACUUGAAAUUCUGACUAUUCAUAAGCUGGAUUUUAAGAGAAGCUUGAAGGAUCAUUCAAUGCUUGAUGUUCCUCAAUGUCUUUCAACGCAUCUUAGGAAAUUUUAUCUCGGUGAAUAUAGAGGAUCGGAAUGUGAGUUUGAAGUUGCAGCAUUUAUUAUGAAGAACGCAAGUGUUUUGAGGGACAUCUCCAUUUGCAGUUCUAAAAAGGAAAAUGAAAAUUCGAAACUCCAAAUGAUCACAAGAUUAUCAUCAUGUCCUAGACGUUCUGUGAAUUGCAGGCUUUUGUUCCAUUAAUUUUCUGAAAUUUAUAGCAAAUGUUCGUUAGUCAUGUUUUUCUUUCUUUAUUUUAUU